CGUCCUCCUCGGAGACCGGCCCUCCGCACCCCGCCCCUCGCCCCGCCUUCGGGCAGCCGCCGGGAUGUGUCGUGGCCGGAGGGGGCGGUUUGACUCUCUGCGUUUCCGAGAGGCGGGGCUCCGGCUCCCAUUUCCCCUCUCCUCCGGCGGCGCCGCUGCAGCUCCCGCGGCCGGCGGCCCGCUCGCUCCGCAGGCUCCAGCGCCCACGAGCCCCGCGCCAGGCCCCGCGCGGCGCCGGACCCCGCGGGGCGGCAUGGGCGGCGCCCGGGACGCGGGCUGGGUGGCGGCCGGCCUGCUGCUCGGGGCCGGCGCCUGCUACUGCCUCUACCGGCUGACGCGGGCGCAGCGGCGGGGCGGCCCGGGGCUCCGGCUGCGCCCCUCGCGGUCCGCAGAAGACUUAACCAAUGGUUCCUAUGAUGAUGUCCUAAAUGCUGAACAACUUCAGAAACUCCUUUAUCUGCUUGAGUUAACUGAGGACACUUCAAUCAUUGAAAGAGCUUUGGUCACUCUGGGCAACAAUGCAGCCUUUUCAACUAACCAGGUUAUUAUUCGUGAAUUGGGUGGUAUUCCAAUUGUUGGAAGCAAAAUCAAGGACCCCAACUUCAGUAUUAAAGAGAAGGCUUUAAAUGCACUAAGUAACCUGAGUGUGAAUGUUGAAAAUCAAAUCAAGAUAAAGGUAUACGUCAGUCAAGUCUGUGAGGAUGUCUUCUCCGGCCCCCUGAACUCCCCUGUGCAGUUGGCGGGACUGAGGUUGCUAACAAACAUGACAGUCACCAAUGACCAUCAGCAUAUGUUUACCAGUCACAUUACAGACCUGUUCCAAGUGUUGCUUUCAGGAAAUGGAACCACCAAGGUUCAGGUUUUAAAGCUGCUGUUGAAUUUGUCUGAAAAUCCAGCCAUGACGGAAGGACUACUUGGUGCCCAAGUGGAUUCAUCAUUCCUUUCCCUUUAUGAUGGCCACGUGGCAAAGGAGAUUCUUCUUCGAGCUCUUACGCUAUUUCAGAAUAUAAAUAACUGCCUCAAAAAGGAAGGCCACUUAACUAUUCAGCCUACUUUCACUCAAGGUUCAUUGUUUUCCCUGUUAUAUGGAGAAGAAUGUGCCCAGAAAAUGAGAGCAUUAGUUAAUCAUCCUGAUGCGGACGUGAAGGAAAAGGUAACAAUAAUACCCAAAUUCUAACUGGUAGGUCAUGCUUCCCAAAGAGUAAUGAAGUCUGGAAGUAAACAUCUUCUUUACAAAGGGGUUCUUCCAGCUGCUGAAUUUAAACAGUAAAUAUCAGAUUUCAUCAUUUCCACAGCUAGAACUUGCCAUGGUCUUCUGAUGUAUUUUGGACCAUUUUAUUUAUACCAAACAAAUAUAACAGCUUGUUCUGAAACAUUUCCUUUUAUUUUGCUCUUUGCUGAGCUACUUUAAUUAUUUCUUCUACUUGAAGUGACAGUGACCUUUUUAUAUGUAAGCUCCUCUUCUGCUGUUUGCUGUGAUUAGUACUCACCUGAGAGAGCAUUAGUAUGUGAUUGACUUUUCUAUGUUUAGAACUGCCGUAGGAAUGACCUUCUUUUAGUAGCAGUGAGAUCCUAUGCUCUUGAGUCCACCUGCCAGCCUAGCCAUACUGCUUUCAAAAGUCUAUUCUAGUUAUUAAAAUCUAUUCCAGUCAAUGAAAAUGGUAAACUUUUCGGAGAAAUGUUUCCUCCUGCUCACUCAUUCCCAUUCAGUGUGCCAGCAUGUAAAGAUGCUGUUAUAAAAUACUGAGAUCCAUCUAAGUGCCCACCUAUAGGCAAUUGGUUAAGUCCAUCAUCUAGUCUUAAAGAGCUGAGUAGGUCUGAAUAUGCUAAUGUGGAAAGACACCCAUGAAAUAUGAAUGUUUUUAAAUGAACGAGAUUUAGGCUAAUAUAUGGAUAGCCACUUCUAGAAUGAUACUCAGACUCCUGGGCAUGGGACUGUGAGGUGAGGAAAUGAUUUUUCUAUGUUCACAUUCUACUGUUUGAAAUUUUUACUAUGGCAUUAAUUUUAUCAUAAUUUUUUAAAUAAAAAGGAAAAGUAAUUCA